UUCAUUUCAUUGACCCUUCACUUAACCGAUCCCAACACCACCAUUUAUUCACCUAUUUGAUUAUUCUUCCUCUACUCCCCCCCCUCCCUCCUUCCUACCUCCCUUCCCUCUCGCACCACCACCUUCUUCAUCUUCAACAUCAAACCAUUCCAUCCUUCAACUUCAACUCCCGCAAGCUCAAGAUCACGCAAAGACAAGAAGGAUCUUUCAACAAUGGGUUGCUGCAUGAGCGCCCAUGACCGACGACGCUCUGCUCCAUCUUCCUCAGGUCACAAGAGAGCCCAGGUGAAGUCCGCCGAGUGCAGAGCUCCACCUCCUUCCAUGGACGAGGAGACCGUCAAGGAAGUGCUCUCCGAGACACCCACUUGCCCGAAGAAGCCUAAACCCACGCCCGGGGGCGCCCGCGAAGCCGAAUGCCCGGCGGCUCUCGCGAGGCACGAGAAGGGCCCGGCCGCCCUCGCCGCCGACGAGGCGUCCGAGGAGGUCUCGGAGGUUUGCAGCCUGAGCGAGAGCGUGUCCACCGCCACGAACCUCACCGACGACGGCGGGAGUGCCGUCCACGUCAAACCGAGGGGGGGCAACAGAUCCCCCGCGAAGCCCCGGGGCCCGGCGGCCAAGUCCCGGUCUCUCUCCGGCGACGUUGGGGGUCGCGGCGAUCGCGGCAGCAGAUCUCGGGUGCCCGGCAACUCGCCCGCCAGGCGGUCGGACCGGUCUCCGGCUAGUGUCAACCCGGGCGGGUCGCUGAGGAUGGUCCAGGGCAGAGAACCGGGUUCGUUCCGGGCAGCGCCGGUCCGCGGCGGGCGGGCGGACCCGGGAGAGAGGUCCGGGAGGAGGUCGAGGUCGCCGGCGCCGAGCCGGGGCGCCGCCGGCUCGGCAGGACCAGCGGUGGGACGGACCCUGUCCGCUCGGAGGACGAACCCAUCUCCGGGGCGGGCCACGCCGGGUCCGGCCGAGGGCAAGAACCGGGAGGCGCGCGGCGGUGGUGGCGGCAAAAGGAUGAGCAGCGCCAACGAGUCCCUCGAAAACCCGCUGGUUUCUUUGGAGUGCUUCAUAUUCCUAUGAAAAUUGCAAAGAUGCCCCCCAAAGAUAUUUACAUUUUCGCGCCAUCCCCCCUUUUCCUUUUCAAUUUCACCCCACUUUUGUCUAUUUUUCACCCCUCUUUUGGGCAAUUCUUUUUUUGUGCUUCAGAAUAUGUAAAAUACGCAAGUCAACUCCGAGAGGUCAAUUUGUGGAUAUGGGAAGAUUGUGACGCAACUAAAUUGACCUCAA